CCGGUAGCCUACCUUGGUGGAUCCGGUGGGAACUGAGUUCGUGUGGAGAUACGCUGGAAGACCGGGGACAACUUUUUUUGGGGGUGCUUUUAAUAUCCAUGACAUUUAUCAGGGGCCUUACAGAGAGGCUUUCAGGAAUCUUGCCAUGUUCAAGGCAGUGCUGAAGAAGAGCAGAGAUGGAGGCAAAGGGAGCAAGAAGGAUUCAGGGGAUGUCCACAGCCACAGUGCCCAAAGAAGAUUCCCACCCGAGGGAAGCCUUCAACUCCAUGGGCCGGGCAGCGGGCAGGCUAAUAUCCCAGAUGAUGUCUUCAGAUUAAACCUUGCCAAGGGAGUGUCCAUGUCUCUUCCAUCCUCACCUCUCCUGCCGCGACAGUCCUACAUGAUGCCCUUACGCCCGAGCAAGAGGUCCCCAGGUCCAAUCAGGAAGCCCAAAUAUGUGGAGAGUCCUCGUGUUCCCUCUGAUGCCAUCGUUUCAGCACUGAGGAACGUGGCCGAUAACAAGGAGUCCUCACAUAAUGAGCUGCAAGCAGAGAAACAACCAAGCUCCUCCUCCCCUGCCACUCAGGAACUGAUGACAAGGCUGGGCUUUUUACUAGGAGAAGGGAUCCCGGGUACGGCACGCAUACCUAUGGACGACAAGAUUGAAAAGAAGUGCUCUGUGAUUAACCAGGGUAUCAGCCCCUGCUCUACACUGACCAGCAGCACUGCGUCACCCAGCACCGACAGUCCAUGUUCCACACUCAACAGCACGGCCAGCCGCCCCCCUCUCAGCCGCUCCAGCCCCUGUGGGACCAUCACUAGCCCCAGCUCCACACUUGAGAGCAAAGACAGUGGGAUCAUCGCCACCAUCACUAGCUCCUCUGAGAAUGAUGACCGCAGUGGCUCCAGCCUGGAGUGGAGUAAGGAUGGCAGCCUGAGAGGCAGCGGGCGCCAUGGCCUGGCACAGAGUGUGCGGGCUGACACCUGCUCUCCUGUGGCUGAAGAAGACUCCAACAGCGCCACUGCAGCACCAGCCGACAGCCCAUCCAGGACAGACCAGCAGCAGCAGCAGUCCAACACAUCAGCAGGGGCACCACAGCCUCAAAGUCACUCACCCGAGGGACCCUUUCCAUACUCAUCACAGACAUCUUCUUCCCUCAUGAUGCCGAGGCCGAACUCUGUAGCAGCAACCAGUUCCACAAAGCUGGAAGACCUGAGCUUCCUUGAUGAACAGCGCAACACCCCCCUGCGGACAUCCAUUCGCCUACCCUGGCAUAACACUGGAGGAAGGCCACCUCAGGACUCUAAAGCUCGUUUCGCUCCCUACAAACCCGUGGACAUCAUGCUCAAGCCCUUGCUGUUUGAGGUGCCCAGCAUCACCACAGACUCUGUGUUCGUGGGCCGAGAUUGGCUCUUUCAGCAGCUGGAAGAUGUCCUGAGGGCCAGCGGGUCUGCAGAGAACCACGGCGCUGUAGUUGUAGGCAGCGUGGGUUAUGGGAAGACGGCCAUCGUCUCCCGGCUAGUAGCACUGAGCUGCCACGGAGGCCGAAUGCGGCAGAUCGCCUCCAACAGUCCCAGUGCCUCCCCAAAAAGUAGUGGAGCACCAAGCACAGAACUCCCACUCAGCCAGCCUCCACAGCCCACUCCACCUUCCAGUGCUACCAACACGCUGAGGACCAACAGCUGCCCGGGCACCCCCGAGAUGCAGCGGCGCAGGGAGGAGGCUGUCAAACGGCUGGCUGCAAAGGUGGUGGCAUAUCACUACUGCCAGGCAGAUAACACGUACACUUGCCUCGUACCAGAGUUUGUGCACAGUAUCGCUGCCCUGCUGUGCAGAGCACACCAGCUCAGUGCGUACCGGGAGAUGUUGCUGAAAGAGCCCCACCUCCAGAGCAUGCUCAGUCUGCGCUCCUGUGUCCAGGACCCCUUGGCCGCUUUCCGGAGGGGGGUUCUUGAGCCACUAACCAGCCUUCGUAAAGAGCGGAGGAUUCCAGAGGAGGAUCACAUCAUCUUGAUAGAUGGACUGAACGAAGCCGAGUUCCAUAAGCCUGACUAUGGAGACACCAUCUCCUCCUUCAUCACGAAGAUCAUUGCCAAAUUCCCCUCCUGGCUUAAACUUGUGGUCACUGUCCGGGUCAAUUUACUGGAGAUCACAAGCCUUCUGCCCUUCUCCAAGAUCUCCCUGGAUGACUUCUCAGACAACACAGAGAUAAGCAACGACCUCAAUGCGUAUAUCCAGUACCGCAUCAACGGCAGCAAGGAUAUCAUGAACAAUAUUAGCCUGAAUGGCAAAGCAGACCCGACCACAGUCGGCAAGCUCAGUAGCCACUUGAUCUCCCGCAGCCAGGGUUCCUACCUGUAUCUCAAACUCACCCUGGAUCUGUUUGAGAGAGGUCACCUGGUGAUCAAGAGUGCCAGCUACAAAGUCGUGCCUGUCUCGCUGGCGGAGCUCUACCAGUUACAGUGCAACAUGAAGUUCAUGACCAAUUCGGCCUUUGAGCGCUCACUGCCCAUCCUCAAUGUGGCACUUGCCUCACUGCACCCCAUGACUGACGAACAGCUGUUCCAGGCCAUCAACGCCGUCUUCAUCCAAGGGGAGCUGCAAUGGGAGGACUUCCAACAACGCAUGGAGGUGCUCUCAUGCUUCCUCAUUAAACGGCGGGACAAGACGCGCAUGUUUUGCCACCCCUCCUUCAGAGAGUGGCUGGUGUGGAGAGCUGAUGGAGAGAGUACAGACUUUCUCUGUGACCCCAGGACUGGUCAUGCUCUUAUGGCUUUCAUGCUUUCCCGCCAAGAGGGGAAACUUAAUCGUCAGCAGACGAUGGAGCUGGGACACCACAUCCUCAAAGCACACAUCUUCAAGGGGCUGAGUAAGAGAACGGGUGUGUCAUCCAGUGUGCUGCAGGCUUUGUGGAUCAGCUGCAGUGCUGACGGCCUUUCUGCAGCAUUGGCCUCCCUGAGGAAUCUGUACACACCCAACGUCAAGGUGAGCCGUCUGCUGAUGCUUGGUGGUGCAAACGUGAAUUACCGUACAGAGGUCCUGAACAACGCGCCGGUGCUUUGCGUCCAAUGCCACCUCGGUCACCAGGAAAUUGCCUUCCUGCUGUUGGAGUUUGGGGCCAGCGUAGACGUGGUGUCUGAAAAUGGCAUGAACCCCCUCUGCUUUUCAGCCGCUGCAGGACACUUGGGACUAGUCAUGCUGCUCUGCAAGAGAGGGGGGGGCAAGGUUGAUCAUGUAGAUAAGAGUGGCCAGUGUGCACUGGUCCAUGCUGCUCUCCGAGGACACCCAGAUAUUAUCCAGUACCUGCUGGAGCUAGAAUGGAGUGCUGAAGGGCAGCAGCAGGACUGUGCUCUGAAGAACAAAGCUCUGCAGCAGGCCUUGAUAGCGGCAUCCAGCAUGGGACACACACAGGUUGUGAGAGGCUUGCUGGCAUUGAAUAAUGAGCAUGCCGUGCAAAUUGAUAGCCAUGACACUCUGUGGGGAGAGACAGCCUUGACGGCAGCAGCCGGCCGGGGGAAGAUGGAGGUCUGCAGCUUCCUGUUGGAGCAGGGGACGGUGGUGCAGCAGGUCAACCGGCGGGGGGUGUCCCCUCUAUUCUGCGCCGUCAGACAGGGACACUGGCAGAUUGCAGAGCUGCUAUUGCAGCACGGUGCUGAUGUCAACAUCAGCGACAAGCAGGGCAGGACCCUACUCAUGGUGGCUGCCUGUGAGGGUCACCUGAGCACCGUGGAGUUUCUGCUUUGUAAAGGUGCAUCUUUGACUUCGAUGGACAAGGAGGGACUGACCCCCCUGAGCUGGGCAUGUUUAAAAGGACAAAAGAACGUUGUGCAGUUUUUGGUGGAGAAAGGUGCGGUCAUCGACCACACAGACAAAAAUGGACGAACUCCGCUGGACCUUGCUGCCUUCUAUGGCGAUGCAGAGAUUGUCCAGUAUUUGGUGGAGAGAGGAGCAGUGAUAGAGCAUGUAGACUACAGUGGGAUGAGGCCUCUGGACAGAGCCAUAGGCUGUCGCAACACGUCGGUGGUGGUGACUCUGCUAAAGAAAGGGGCCAAGCUGGGUAAGCACAAAGCGUUUCCCCCCUAUGUCCAGGUGUAAAACCUACUGGCACUGUAAAGGUUUGUGUUUGAGUGCUGUCAAUUAGUUUACCACUUAGUCAGCUGUUAAUCCUGUGGUCUACAGAAACUGUUUUUGGUUUGCUAAGUUUUUUGUUUUGCCUCCAUGUCAAGCUUGUUUCUGUCUGCUCAGAUCAGACUAAUUCUGUGGAAUGUUCCGGAAAAAAACCUUGUUUCCAUUCCUGACUUUCACUCGCUGUUCAGCUUGUGCGUGUGAGUGUGCGUGUGUCAUUCCUCUUCUCCCUCAUGCUAUGCUCGGCUAAUUUAAGAAUGUGACUUAUCACCUAAAUGACAUUCAUAGAGCUAUCUGGGUCUGCAGCUUAUCUCCAGUGCACUCUGCCGUCUCAGAAAAGAUUUUUUUUUAAAGCCAUGGGCAGAACCCAUACACUUCUUUCUUAGCACAGUUUAAAACUUUUUCAAGUUGAUUGACACAUAAUUAUAUCUGGUCACAAAACACUUGACACCUUUUCCUUUCACUACAAAUGACUACUCUUGCAUGACCUCUUUUCUCUUCACUCUCUCCCUCCUAACUCUUUCUUAA